AUGCAUGUUCUCGAGAACGACACUGACAAAGGUCGUAAAAUCACUCAUCACAUCUAUCGAGAAUUACAGCUCAAAUUAGAUAAACGACUUUUUCAAUUCGCAUCAUCUCGAGCAUGUUUUGAGAAUGAUAGAGAAAUAUGGAAUGACUUUUAUGAGCUCAACAUCAGCUUCAUGGGUUUUAUGCCUUUAUUUUUGAUAGAAGCUUGCGGUCGUAGGCUUAAUUUUCAGGCGAAUAAACCAACAAAAUUCUUGUUAAGACCAACGGAUUUUCUUUCUUUUGAUGUUUACUUGAACGUAUUUCGAUUUAUGAGUUUGUCGAGUUGCAGCGUAAAAAUUCAUAAAGCUUCAUAA